AUGACGGAAGACAAGUGCGGAACGGACCACCCGAUCGAUGUCAUCCAAGCACUAUUUUCUCUUCCAUCCACAUCCAACAUUCAACCUCCUACACCGAGCGACUCUCCCGAUUCACACUCCCACACUCACACUCCUCAUCUAGAAUAUCAUCUCGAAUACAACCCUCGAUUACCUCUCGUCCCUCAUCCCGAGAUCAACCCCGCACCGCCCCCCACCAUGAAAGACAGCAAAGGCUGGGACGGGAAGCUCCGCGUCGAACCCCGAGCGACCAUCACGAAUCCCGAGGCGCUCGAGGACCCGGAAUACUCAGAUUCGGAUGCGCCGCCGGUCGAGGAGAUCGAGGCCGAUGAGGGUCUGUCUAUCUCCUGGAAGAAGAAGAUGAGAACACAGAGGUACCAGUGUUGCAGUUUAGCGAGAGAAGACUCUGUCGCUAAGGGAGCCACUAGGAUAUCGAUCUCCCGCAUUUCCGCAUCAGUUCCAUCCCCGCGUUGCGGCUGGAGCGGUUCCCCAAGUUGCAGGUUUGUGUCCGGACGGGAGACGGUGGGAUUCCCUCAUGGGGCGAGGCGAACUGACGACGGACAGCGGUUGUGUCUGCGACAGAACCAGAUCACGCGCAUUGAGUUCCCGGCCAGCGUCGCCGCGUCGCUGACGGAGCUCGAUCUCUACGACAACCUCAUCUCGCACAUCAAGGGACUGGACGAGUUCCGUAACCUGACCAGUCUGGACCUGAGCUUCAACAAGAUCAAACAUAUCAAGAAUGUGGCGCAUUUGGUGAAACUGACCGAUCUGUACUUUGUGCAGAACAAGAUCUCGAAGAUUGAGGGCUUGGAGGGGCUGAGUGCGCUGCGGAAUUUGGAGCUCGGGGCGAAUCGGAUUCGCGAGAUUGAGAAUCUGGAUACGCUGACGUCGCUGGAGGAGCUCUGGCUGGGGAAGAAUAAGAUCACGGAGUUGAAGAACCUUGAUGGGCUGCAGAACCUCCGAAUCCUCUCCAUCCAAUCCAACCGACUCACCAGUCUGACCGGCGUCUCGUCCCUCCGCAACCUCGAAGAACUCUACCUCUCGCACAAUCUCAUUAGCGACCUGAGCGGCCUCGAAUCGAACACGUCGCUGCGCGUGCUCGACUUUUCCAACAACCAGGUCUCGAAGCUGGAGCACUUGGGCACGCUGACGAACUUGGAGGAGCUGUGGGCGUCGAACAACCAGCUCUCGAGCUUCGACGAGGUCGAGCGCGAGCUGAAGGACAAGAAGGAGCUGAAGACAGUGUACUUUGAGGGCAACCCGCUGCAGACCAAGGGGCCGGCCGUGUACCGGAACAAGGUGCGGCUGGCGCUGCCGCAGAUUAUGCAGAUCGAUGCGACAUACGUGCGAGUUUAG